AUGAAUGGCACUUCCAAAGUCAACGGGGUCAACGGGGUCAAUGGCCACUCGAAGGAUGGCUUGCCGCGACAAUCCCUCGCAUCACGCAAACAGUCGUCCCCUAUGGCUCCGGCUUUCAUGACUUCUGCCCCAGGCAAAGUCAUCGUCUUUGGUGAACAUGCCGUUGUUCACGGAAAGGCCGCAAUGGCUGCCGCCGUCUCCCUUCGAUCCUAUCUCCUGGUUACGACCCUCUCGAAAUCGCAUCGGACAAUUCAGCUCGUGUUUCCGGAUAUCGGACUCGAUCACACCUGGAAUAUCGAUGAUUUACCUUGGCAUGUCUUCACAAAGACCACGCGGAAACCUCGAUACUACGACAUGGUGACGUCGUUGGAUCCUGAGCUCGUCGCCGCCAUGAAGCCGCAUAUCGAAACGGUGUCCGUCCAUUUGGCCGGGGACAAGAGAAGGAUACAUCAAAAUGCCGCGUCUGCCUUCCUGUAUCUGUUUUUGUGCCUUCAGACGCCUGCUGCGCAGGCUUGUAUUUAUACACUACGGUCUACAUUACCUGUUAGCGCAGGUCUCGGAUCGAGCGCUAGCAUUUGCGUUUGCAUCAGCGCUGCCCUUCUCAAACAGAUCCAUGUCUUAUCCGGACCGCAUCACGAUCAACCGGAAGAGGAAAUCGAGAUGCAACUUGAGAGAAUAAACAAGUGGGCCUUUGUUGGCGAGUUAUGCAUCCAUGGCAAUCCCAGUGGAGUGGACAAUACUGUAGCAACACAUGGAAGGGCUGUUCUGUUCAAGAGACUCGACUAUUCAAAGCCACCGAGUGCCACGCCAUUGAAAGAUUUCCCUGAACUUCCCUUGUUGUUAAUCAAUACAAAACAGCCCCGUACAACCGCGGUAGAGGUCGCCAAAGUUGCUGCGUUGAAGAAGAAAUAUCCAGCUGUAACCGAGGCGACACUGGACAGCAUUGACGAAGUUACAAUGUCAGCACACGCUCUGAUUACUUCGGACGAAUUUGACCCCGUGUCAGAGCAAAAUAUCGAACAUCUCGGUGAUUUGUUCCGCAUCAAUCAUGGGUUACUGGUAUCGCUUGGAGUGUCUCAUCCCAAGCUGGAACACAUUCGAGAGUUGGUGGACUACGCCGAUAUUGGUUGGACCAAACUCACGGGUGCUGGUGGUGGUGGAUGUGCCAUCACGUUACUCAAGCGAGGCGUUGACCCAGCUGCGAUUGUUGAUUUGAAGGCGAAGUUCGAGGCUGCAGGAUUUGAAGAGUACACGACUACCCUAGGGGGCAGUGGAGUCGGCAUGCUCUACCCUGCGGUCUUGCACAAUGGCACAGAGGAAGAAGGAGGUGAAGAAAUUGACCAACAAAAGUUUCUCAACGCCGAAGGUGAAGAGGGGAUUGAAGCCUUGGUGGGUGUCGGCUUGACCGAAAGGCGGCCAGAAUGGAAGUUCUGGAGGUAG